GGAAAGGUGUUUUUGCCACAAGGAAAUUCAGAAAAGGAGAUUUUUUAUUGGAAUAUCAUGGAGAAUUCAUUCCGUACCAGGAAGGUAAAACAAGAGAAAAUGCAUAUCCUCUGAAGUUUGGCAGUUUCAUAUUCUUCUUGAAUUGGAAAAACAAGCGAUACUGUGUUGAUGCUACUUUUUCAAAACGGAUCUGCAGAUAUGUUAAUGAUGGAAUUGGAGAAUGUCAGAACUGCAUCAUAAAGCAAGAGCUAUAUGGUGACCGGCCGCACCUGUGUCUGUAUGCCAAAAAAGAUAUAGCUGUUGGGGAUGAACUGCGCUAUGAUUAUGGUGUUUCUGAUCUUCCAUGGAGAAAAAAGGAGGAAUCAAAGUUUAGAGGAAAUCUGCGUGAAUGCACCAAAAUAUCGCAAAGGAAAUCAAAGAUUGCAGAAAGUGAUGGAGAAAGUUGUCAAAAAGAAGAUAAACAUAUGACUACAUCCAAAUGUCACGGUGUUCAGAAACGAUCUGAUAACUUCCUAUCACUGACACCUGGUGAUUUAAAGUCUAGGGGCACAUCUUCCAGAAGAUGUAAAGAUGUCUGUAGAUCUAAGCCUGGACCGGACUUCAAAAAGGAAGUUGUAAGCCAUGUCAAAACGUGCAAAAUCAUACAAGCAGAUGAAGUAGAGGAUUGUUUGCCAAAAGUAAGGAAAUGCAAAGCCAGAGCGAUGAGAGAACGUUUAAACUGUAGGGAAAUGAAACCUAAGAAUAUCUGGAAGAAACGAAAGAAGGCUAAUCAGAUGAAGAAGGUUUCUGUCAGAGCUGUUGAUGGAGACGGCCAUACUUAUGAAAUUUUGAAGGAUACCAAUUAUCCUGAACAAAGCAUUACACCAAACAUUGAGUUUCAAAAAUGUGAUAAAGAAUAUCACAUUCAGCCAAAAGACCAAGAUAAAAAUUUGAAGAAUACCAUUAAACAUGGACAUAACACUGAUGUUAAAAAAGGCGAAAAGAGAAACGACAAUAUUCAAAGUGAACCAUAUCAGAGGUCCCAUGACAAUAACAUGCAUGAACAAAGCUCUGAACUUCAAAUUGGUGAUGGAAAUUCAAAUCAUCAGAGUUCCCUAAAAGGAAAUACUGUCAAAAACGGAACAGGCACUCCCAGUGUACGUUCCUGUUAUGUGAAUAUUGAAAGAUUGUCAUUGAGUCUGAUUGAAAAGCUUGGAUAUGAAGCAAUUCCAUUAACUCAAAGUUGUGAUCUGCCGGUCCGUCAUGCAGAAGACCUUGGAAUAAAAAUUAUUCCAGAAAAUGCAAUGAAUCGCCUUAUCAAAGAAUCAGAAACAAAUAUGAAAAAACAUCUACCUGAACAUGUGGCUUCAGAGGUUUCAUCUCCUACUGUCUACCAGUCGGAUGUGGAAAACUUGGUCGAAUCAAAUGAGCUGCAACCUCAGCAGGAUACUGAAAGCUUUGAAGAACCAAUGGAACAACAGCAUCAUGAGAAUCAAGCAGGACCUAGCAGGCAAAAUACCAAUGUCAAGAACAGUGGAAGCAGAUUUGAUACUGAAAGCUUUGAAGAACCAAUGGAACAACAGCAUCAUGAGAAUCAAGCAGGACCUAGCAGGCAAAAUACCAAUGUCAAGAACAGUGGAAGCAGAUUUGAUACUGAAAGCUUUGAAGAACCAAUGGAACAACAGCAUCAUGAGAAUCAAGCAGGACCUAGCAGGCAAAAUACCAAUGUCAAGAACAGUGGAAGCAGAUUUGGUAAAAAAGGACAAACAAAAAGGCCUAAACCCCAUAGACCUUGCCUUUUUUGUGGAAUGAAACAGUCCAAAUUAACGAGGCAUCUUAAGACCAAACAUUUCCAUGAAGACAGAAUCACAUCAAUCUUGAAUUUACCAAAACACUUGCAAAAUCAAGCUUUUGAUCAAAUGAAGAAAGAGGGUAUUUUGAAGGCUAACAAAGACAUUAUGAAGAAAUCAGAUUUAAGUAAGGAAGAACUGAAAAAAAAACUUAUAAGAGAAAGAAGACAAGGAGAAGAUGGAUGUGACAUUUCACUUUGUUCACUAUGUAAUGGUUUUUUUGCAUCAAAUACCAUUCAUAAACACAAACAUAACUGUAUGGAAGCUGAAUCAACUACUAAGGACCCUGUGUCUAUUCCGUUGAGUCUGAUAGCAGAUACAGGCAGCAUUCAAUAUAGAGAUGAGGUGUUGUCAAAAUUCCGUAGAGAUGAAGUUGGAAAUUUAUGCAGAACUGACAAUUUUAUAAAACUGUUGGGGUUCCAGAAUUAUGUGAAAAUAAGAUCAAGACAAGAGAAAAAAGUAGAAUUAAGAGAUAGUGUUAUGUCAGAUAUGAGAAGAUUUGCACAUCUGUUUUUGGAGUUCAAGUCACUGGCUGAAAAAGGUAAACAAAACAUUACAACAAGUGUUGAUAUGCUGUCAAGAGAUCAUUUUCAUUUUCUUCAAGAGGCUAUAACAAAUGUAACAACAAAGGAGAAUGGUUCAACAAAAUUUGGUCUGAAGACGGGAAUAGGGUUUCUGUUGAAGAGGGCAGCAAAGGUGUUGAAGGGGGAAUACUUGAUAAAGAAAGAAGAUGAAAAAGCAAGAGAAGUUGAUAACUUCGUAACAGUUCUUCAACACUUUUGGACUGCAGUAUUUAGUGAUGCGCAAUAUGCAAAUGUUAAAGCUCGACAGACUGAUCUUCGAAAACCAAAGCAUUUACCAAAUGAAGACGAUAUCUUAAAAUUAAGGAAUUUCAUAAUGGAUGAGCAGAAAAGAUUGCUGGGGCCAUAUUUGCUUGUUACAAAGGAAGAAUUCAAAAGCCUUCGAGAUAUUCUUGUUUGUCGUCUCACAUUAUUUAAUGCCCGUAGAGGAGGAGAACCCAGUCGUCUAUUGUUAAAAGAAUGGGAAGAUGCUGAUAAAGGUGUUUGGAUUGCAGACAAAGCAGUGCAAGCGAUUAAUGAUCCUGUUGAAAAGCAGUUGUUAGGAAAGUACAAAAUCGCAUAUCAAUCAGGCAAGAACAUGAAACAUAUGGUUCCACUCCUUAUACCAAAUGACUGCAUUCAAGGACUUAAUGUACUUGUAGAUGAGGCAACCAGGACUGCUGUUGGAGUUCACCCAAACAACAUUUUUGUUUUCCCUAAUAUGAUGUCAUCUGAAAAGCACAUAAAAGGAUGGCAUGCUGUAGACAAUGUAUGUAAAAGGGCCAACAUUCAAUCACAUAUAAAUGCAACAUCAGUACGCCACAGAGCAGCAACUUUGUAUGCUGCAUUAGAUGUUCCUGAUAGUGAAAGAGAUUUGUUCUACAAACACAUGGGUCACUCUGAAGAGAUCAACAGGCAUGUAUACCAAUGUCCAUUGGCUAUUCAAGAAGUCACCAAAGUGGGGAAAUUCUUUGAGAAUCUGGAUCGACCACCAUGUUCAGCAAAAGAAAAGAGUAGCUCAAGAGAAACAAUGACUUCAAAGGGAAACAAAUUAGCAAGGAAAAUCACAAACAUGGACUCCGAUACUGCUGAAGAAGAUGAGGAUAGUGAGAACACUUCAUACAGUACUACACAGAAACUUCAUUCAGCAUCUUCAGUCAGAUGUGAAGAAACUAGCAGUAACAGUGAGAUUGAUUACAGCGAUAAGGAUGUGGACUAUAUAUAUGAUAACGAUUCUGGGGAAGAUGACAACACCAGUGAAGAGGGCAGCAUUGAUGAUGAAAUAACCUUUAAAAUUAAUGAUGAAAGGAAAGCAGCCAAUCUAAAUAAAG